ACUUCCAGCACUUCUCCAAGAGCGAGGACGCCGCGCCGCCGCGCGCCGCCGCCCGCGACCCGCGCUCGCCUCUCGUCACCCAGAUACGCGCCCUCGCCGCCGCCGAGCGAGCGCCGGCGCCCCCUGGCGUCGACUACGACGCGCUCGUCGCCGCGAUACGGCGCCACGUGCUCGUCAGUCGGCGGCGCGUCUGCGAGUACUUCCAGGAUUUCGAUCCGCUGCGCAGCGCGUCGAUAUCGACGAAUCACUUCAGGCGAGGACUGAGCGCGCUAGGACUGAGCGCCCUGGGCAAGCUGAACAUGAACGAUGCGGAGUUUGAGUGUCUGGCGAGGCACUACCGUGACCCGCGUCGCCCCAGCAACGUGCUGUGGACCAACUUCGUCUCCGACAUCGAAUGCGUAUUCACCGAACAGCAGCAGGAGAAGACACCGUCGCUGCGCGCACCCCGACAGGAGGUCCAUCAGACGCCAGCAGCAGCCGGGAAGGAAACCGAGGCGGCGGCCGGGGAGAAGGUCGAGAAGGAAGCCAUGGAGGAGGAGGACUGGUGUGGAGGGGACGCGGGGACGCGCGCGUGCUACGACGCGGCCAUGCGGCACAUGCGUGAGAAGUCGCAGCAGCGACGCAUCCUCACGAAGCCCUGCUUCCAGGACUUCGACAGGCACAACAAUGGUCACGUGACGCGUGCGCAGUUCCAGCAGUGCAUGACGUACCUGAUGCUUGCGGCGGGCGAGACGGAGAUGGCCGCCAUCGAGGCGAAGUUCAGUGACGACGUCGGGUUCAACUACGUCGCCUUCCUCAAGGUUAGAGAGUGCGCACUCGACCUUGACCUGUGUGAGGGUCAAGGUAAACACAGGUGUUCUUACCUGUACCUUCUACUGCGCAGGUACGAGUCAGCGAACCCGGACUACGUCGACUACCUGCGAUAUCACGCGCAGGUAAACACAGGUGUUCUUACCUGUACCUUCCACCGCGCAGGUAAACACAGGUGUUCUUACCUGUACCUUCUACCGUGCAGGUACGAGUCAGCGAACCCGGACUACGUCGACUACCUGCGAUUCUCGGACGACGUCGAGUCGAUCUUCGUGACGAAGGGACUCGAGAAGAACCCGCAGCUGAAGCCGCAGAGGUUUCGCCCCCCGGUGGCCGCCGACGGAAACAAACUGUCCGGCGACAAGGAAGCCCUGCUCACCAUGUGCAUGAAGCGACUCGCGGAGAAGGUGCGCAAGCGGCGCAUGCAGCUGUUCCCGUUGUUCGAGGAUUACGACUGCGUGCACAACGGCACCGUGUCGCGAUCGCAGUUCCGCCGAGUGCUCAGCGAACUCGACCUUGGGGCGCUCGUCAGCGAGCGGGAGUUCCUGCUCAUCUUCGAGAAAUUCGAGGUCAAGGUCGGCGGCAAGGUCGACAGCAACUACAUCGCCUUCUGCGACAUGAUCUACGAGCUCGCGCAGUUCGAGCGCUGGCGCCCCUAG